UUUACUAAACAAAAAACAAUCAGUGGUAGCGUGGAAAAUUCAAGAGUUUUCUUGAGUUUCUUGUUAAUUCUCGUGGUUUUUUGUUUGAUUAGAAUUGAAUUUCCUUAUUCAGUAGCUCACAGAACAUAAUCAAUCAAUAAAGCAAUGAGUUUCGAACCGAGAUCGAUAGUAAAUGGUGCCCUGCUUAAACGCCAUUCAGGUCAAUCGGUAAGCAUCCAUCUGUUUGUGGAACGAGCGGAUAAAGAUGGUCGUAGCUUCACGGGAAAAUCUACCGACGAAAUGCCAAUCCAGGUAAUGCUGAGUGAUCCACUGAACAGCUUGCUUCACGGUUGGGUUGAGGUCAUCGGAAUGGCCGGUUCGAAUGAUAGCGUUCGAUGCAAAGAGAUUAUCACCUAUCAAGCAAUUGACGGUGAGCAGGAUUUCGACACGAAUGGACAUAACAUGCUGUGCAACUUCCUAGCCAACUGUCGGGACAUGUACCGUAUGGGAUAGUUUCAUUAAAAGUCGUAAGUUAUUAUUAAACCCCUUUAUUAUGCGUACAAAUAUAUGUCAAUAAGCUGUAAUAAUUAGAGCUGCUGCAAGUCUUGUAGAUGUUUCCGAAAGCCAGCGGUCAAAGCAAGGUGUUUGGGGUUAAUUUGCGAGUCGGUCAUACAAGCAAACCUUA